AUGGUGCUGAAGAUUCACUUCAUGCAUCAGGCAGAGGUGGAGGCCUUCCACCAGCGCCGCGCCAAGAAGCUGGCACAGCUAAAGGAGCUGGAAGCCAAGGGGAUGGGAGAAGACGCCCGCCUCUCAUUCGAGGUGGAUGCGGACCUUAUCGGCCGCACCUGUGGGAAGGGCGGCGAGCGCGUGAAGAAGGUGGAGAAGGACUUCAAUGUGGAGGUUCGGAUACAAGAGAGCCCUCAGGAUGGCAGCCCAUCGGCUCCACGAAAGAUACUGAUCUACAGCGACAACGACGCUGCUGCCGAGGGCGCCCGGAGAGCGCUGGAGCUGCAGAAGCAGCUCUACGCGCUCCCAGCGGAAAGGAUAAAGUGGUUCCAGCGGAACGACAACCGCUUGAUCCAAGACGUCACGCGAAAGGCGGGCUUGGCUGCCGCCACUUGGACCGAGUCGGGACUGGAGCUCUGUGGCCAGCAGAGUGCCCUGGAAGAUGCUGUGUUGCUUCUGGACAGCCACAACGAGUACUUCCUUGUCUACAAGGAGAUGGACCGUGAGCAGUACGAAAUCCAGAUGUCUUUCGAGGCUCUGGAAGUGGAGCGGCCCACCGGCUUCCGCCCGAACCCUCGCACGUCGAAGUCUCGUGAGGGAGCACAAGACCCCAAGGCAAGUGCCACGAUGCGGUCGCGCGGCCGUGGUGGCCGCGGCCGCGGGAGGGCCGGCCCCAUCGGUGCCUAA